CCAGCCUCGGCUCUUCGCAGUUUCCUCUCCUUGUUUUGCUUUCGGUCUGGACUGUUCUCAGGCAAACCGGGGAAUAACUUUUAGUUUUGCUCCUGCGAUCAUUCAACUGACGGGCUUUUAUUUCCAUUUCACACACCCUAGCAACACUUACACCUUGCGGAAUUGUAUUGGUAGCGUGAAAAAGCACAUUGAGAGGGUACCAUGCCGGUGGAAAGGAUGCGAAUGCGCCCAUGGCUGGAGGAACAGAUAAACUCAAAUACAAUACCAGGGCUAAAGUGGCUUAACAAGGAGAAAAAAAUCUUCCAGAUCCCCUGGAUGCAUGCAGCUAGACAUGGCUGGGAUGUGGAAAAAGAUGCACCACUGUUCAGAAACUGGGCAAUCCAUACAGGAAAGCAUCAGCCAGGUGUAGAUAAACCUGAUCCAAAAACAUGGAAAGCAAAUUUUCGGUGUGCCAUGAAUUCCUUGCCUGAUAUUGAAGAAGUUAAGGAUAAAAGCAUAAAGAAAGGAAAUAAUGCUUUCAGAGUAUACAAGAUGUUGCCCUUAUCUGAACGGCCUUCUAAGAAAGGAAAGAAACCAAAGACAGAAAAAGAAGAUAAAGUUAAGAACAUCAAGCAAGAACCAGUUGAGUCAUCUUUUGGGCUUAGUAAUGGAGUAAGUGAUCUUUCUCCUGAGUAUGCGGUCCUGACUUCAGCUAUAAAAAAUGAAGUGGAUAGUACGGUGAACAUCAUAGUUGUAGGACAGUCCCACCUGGAUAGCAACAUUGAAGAUCAAGAGAUUGUCACUAAUCCGCCAGACAUUUGCCAAGUUGUGGAGGUGACCACUGAGAGUGAUGACCAACCGGUCAGCAUGAGUGAGCUCUACCCUCUACAAAUUUCCCCUGUGUCUUCCUAUGCAGAAAGUGAAACUACCGAUAGUGUGCCCAGUGAUGAAGAGAGCUCCGAGGGGAGACCGCACUGGAGGAAGAGGAACAUUGAAGGCAAACAGUACCUCAGCAACAUGGGAACACGGAGCACUUACUUGCUGCCCAGCAUGGCGACUUUUGUCACUUCCAACAAGCCAGAUUUGCAGGUCACCAUCAAGGAGGAGAGCUGUCCAAUGCCUUACAACAGUUCCUGGCCCCCAUUUUCAGACCUUGCCCUCCCUGCCUCUGUGACCCCCACACCCAGCAGCAGUCGGCCAGACCGGGAGACCCGGGCCAGUGUCAUCAAGAAGACAUCUGAUAUUACUCAGGCCCGUGUCAAGAGCUACUAAGCCUUUGGCUCUUCCCAGUGGUUGUUGGGAUUUCUUGGCUCUGUUUUGUUGUUUGUAUUUUAUUUUUCUCUCUUGAUGCCUAUUUUAGACGAAUCUAAGGGAAGCCUUGACAAUAGAACUGAUUGCUAUGUCCAACUCCUGUGCUGGAGCUGCUUUUUAACUCAGGACUCCAGCCUCUUGGUAGAUGUGUAUCUCUAGAACCUGCCGGAUCACCCAGGGCUACUCCCACAAGUUCAAGGACCAACAGUCACACGGGCAGUGGAGGUGCUACAUUGCCUGUGGCCAAGGCCAGCAUGGUGGAGUGGAUGCCUCAGAAUGGACAAAAAAAAUGUGAACUAGCUGGAAUUUUUUAUUCUUGUGAAUAUGUACAUAGGGCAGGACUAGCAACGUUGCAGUCUGCUUGUGCACCUUAUCUAAAAGCACUUAUGAUAGGCCUUCUUAUAAUCUUGCUCAACUUCACAGCACAUUCAGCCACUCCUUUUCUGCCAGUUACCCUACCUUCCAUCCUUCCCCAUCCCAUCUCACCCAGUUCUUUUCCUCCCAUCAAAGGCAAUGUAUCACAUCCUUGAGGAGGAGACGAAGAAAGCGAACUUUUCCCCAAAUGUCCCAUUAUAAGACUGCUUGAAAAAAGAAAUUCUUUCUAAUCUGCUAUGCUUGAAUGCCACGCGGUACAAAUGAAAACUAUCAUGGAAAUAUUAUGCAAAUUCCCAGAUUUGAAGACAAAAGUACUCUAAUUCUAACCAGAGCAAGCUUUUUUUAUUUUUUAUACAGGGGAAUAUUUUAUUCAAGGUAAAAUUCUAAAUAAAUAUAGUUGUUUUUUAUCUUUUCUACAGCAAAUUUAUAAUUUUAAGAUUUCUUUUCUUGGUUAUCUGCAGUUGUUAUUACAUCCUUGUGGCACAUUUUUUUUAAUUUUGUAAAGGUG